AUGCACACUUUGCUUAUACAGUUUAUACAGAAUCAGGAAAAGAUAAAUCAGGAAUUUCGAGCUCAGUUCGCAAGCAUCGAUGCUCACUUCAAGAUCAUAGACAACCAUAUCGCUCAGCUAGCUUCAACCUCUCAAAGACCAUCCGGAUCUCUUCUAGGUAAACCUGAGACUAACCCCCGUGAACAUGUCAAUGCGAUUACUUUUAGAAGUGGUAAGCAGGUAGACGUUGAAGACCGACCGAUGGUUGAGCGAGGAAAAAGCUUGAAGACUGCAGUUGUAGACAUCCCCGAUGAUGAACCUGAACCGGCUUACGUGCCUCCUCCUCCUAGGCCACCACCAAUUCCCUUGUACACAAAGUAUUUGAAGGACAUCCUGAUAAAAAAAGAGGGUCGUGAGAAAGAAACCGUAGCACUUAUUGCCGAAUGCAGCGCUUUGAUCCAACAUGAGCUUCCGCUUAAGCGGUCCGAUCCAGGAUUCCGGUGUAUGAACAGGAGUUCUGGGCCUGACAACCUAGUACCUCUUCACCCUGAAAUCGAGAACUCCACUAAGUGCAAUCGAAAGAAGAAACGACAGCAAAGAAAGAUGGAGGAACGUGUUAUAGUUGCAGAGAAUAACAAUGACACUUAUGGGGCAUACCUUCAGCCUAAGUACAUUCAACAGCUUUCAUGCAUUUGCCGGCCUGACAUCGACCAUAACAAUUUUGAGUUUCAACCGGCAUUCAUCAAUAUGCUGAGACCAACAGAUUUUUCUCUACUAGGUACACCUCAUUUCUCAAACUCAUUUUGUUGUAGAGAUGCUCUUAAACUUCAUGAUCCAGCUUCCCAAGUUGUCGAGCAAUCUGGAAAAUGGUUUCAAGAAGACCAGAUGAUACUUGCCAUCCUUCAUUGCUCCAUGGAUCAUGAUGUUCUCUCAAGCUAUGUGCACAUCAACACUGCCAAAGAGCUGUGGGAAACACUUGAAGGAGCCUACGGUAAUGUCUCCAAUCUGACACGAAUCUAUGAGUUGAAGAAAUCUCUACAUAAUGUUCAUCAAGAGGACAAAUUGUUCGUCAAGCAUUUGGGAGAAUUCAACACGAUUCGUGCUGAACUUAAUGAGUUACGUCCUCCAUCCACCGAUUCCAAGAUUGUUGCUGAACGUCUAGAGCAAGACAAUAUUUUUGCUCUGCUCUCCUCUCUUCACCACUCAUAUGGUGAUCUUGUUCAGCAUAUCAUACGCCAAGACAAGCUUCCAUCAUUCUCUGAAGUUUGUGCGAUGAUUAAGAAAGAAGAAGGCGCAAAGAAGCUGUUCAAAGGGACAUGUGAAAUUGCUCACUACCGAAAGGUUAAUGUUUCCAACAAACUCAAUAAACAUAUUGUUUGUGAGCACUGCAACAAGGCUGGGCAUACAAAGGACAAGUGCUGGAUCAUUCAUCCCCAUCUCAAACCAUCAAAGUUCAAGGAAAACACUCCUCAUGGUAAUCCUACAAAAGAAUCAGCUAUGGUGGCUUCAACAUCUGAAUUUGUCACUAAGGCAGACUUCAAUAAACUCCUACAACUGCUCAAGGAGCAAAAAGACUCAGGUAUGGCCUUUUUUGGACACCAUGGUACUAAGAAUCUGAUUAUUGACUCAGGAGCAACAAACAACAUGAUAUGUGACAAAAGAUUGCUUCACAAUAUGACACAUCUAGAUGGAGAUAUCACUGUAGCAAAUGGUGUGAAAGUUCAGAUUAAAGGACAAUGAACUAUGAUGCUAUUUAACCGAGAAAUUAGUGCUCUAUAUGUUCCAGAUUUCACUACUAAUCUUCUUUCCACUGCGCGAAUAUGUAGUGAUCUCCAAUUUUCUGUCAUAUUUCGCACUAAUGAGGUUGUU